UGUCAUCAUUCCAUUCUCAAACUUUCUAUUCUCUGUAUUUAUAUUUUCUUGAUUCCUGAUGGCUAAUCUUCCGCGCUAUGGUCGGAGAUGGCGUCUUUCCACAGUCUCCCGCCUUGCUCCUACUGCCACACAGUCUGUUCAAGAACCAGAGCCGGAGAUUCUGCCAUUGGCUCCAACCAUCCAAACUCUGCAACCUUUUGAACCCACCCCGCCAGCGGCGGCGGCUCCCCCAUCUUCCACUCCAGGAGAACCUACUCCUCGCAUUUCUCCCCCCGCCGCGUCGCCAAAAUAUGAAGCUACCGUCAUACGUGAAGCCAGUCCUCCGCUGAAACCCGCACGAUCACCACCGGUGUCCCCUCCACGCAAAUCCGUUGACCCAAGGCACUCUAUUAGCCCUAAUUCGUAUCAAGAACCCCUCAAGCCAACGAGGCCAUCACUUUCCACUCUGGCUCUACCCAAAUCCGCAGAUGUGACGACGGUUCCAUCCGCUAUCAAGCCGGAGGUGGAGCAGAAAACAGAUUCGUUCAAGAAGUCGGAUCGGCAGGUAGAUAACGUAUCCGCUAAGCCGCCGCCGAGCCUACAGGCGAAGGCUAUAAACCUCACGGGAGAUAACAUUGGCGCGGUAAUGAAAAUUAACCAAUUCUCCGAUAAAAUUUCAGGCGGAGAAGUCACGAGGAAGAUCGAAACGAAAACCGGCGUCCAACAAGAAAAUGACAUGGAGAAAAGUCGCAGAGAAACCGAAUUUCCGAUGACGCCAAUCACGAACAGCAAUUUCCAAGAAGUGAACAAUUCAGUUAUGUAUAAUUCGUCUUGCAGUGGCCGUGAUCCGGGACUGCAUCUUGAUUUCUCCGGCCAGAAGGAUGAAGCAGCCACGGUGGAUGGCAACAAGAAAUCUAAAUACUAAGGAGGAAGAGAGAGGAGGAAUCGGUUAUAUAAUUUUAAAGGCUUUAUAUUUAUAUGAAUUGUUAAUGCUUUGAAAUUAAUCUUCUCGUUCGCAAAAAUCAAAACUGACUCUCAAAUAAAUUCGCAAUAAUUGUUAUUUUAUUUAUUCUA